CAAACUCCAUGGACGAUGACAAGAAGAUCCUCUACCUGGUUCGGCAUGCGCAAGGCCACCACAACGUCGGCUAUGCCGGGACGGUAUUCAGCCUUGCGCUGCGCAUGGUGGUGCCGCGAUGGCAGCUCCUGGAGCGAUGGAAUUGCUUCGGCAUUGAAGACGCGAGCUUGACACCCACGGGGUGGAAACAGGUAAAGGAGCUCCGGGAGCGAAACGUCCACGGUGGAGUCGACCUCGUCGUCGUUUCGCCCAUGACAAGGACUUUGCAAACCGCUGCUGGUGUGUUUGGCGGUGGCGAGCGCAAGCCUGGCGAGGAGCUCCCCCCGCUCAUGGCCGAUGGUGUUGGAGCAUGCCCCGGAGCUGCGGUUUCUAGCGUCGGCUGCCCGCCUUUCAUCGCCCUCGAGCUUUGCAGGGAGCACACGAGUGUUUAUCCCUGUGACAAGAGGAGCUCCAUCAGCAGGUGCAAGCAGCAGUUUCCGGCAGUGGAUUUCUCGCAGAUCAUGGACGAGGAGGACUCGCUAUGGAGCCCGACGCUGCCAGAGUCGAAAGCGUCGCUGGAUGCUAGACGGCGAGCGUUGCUCCAAUGGCUGGCUGCUCGCAAGGAGAAGAAGAUCGCAGUCGUCUCCCAUUCCUUCUUUCUGAGCAGGCUCGUUGGCGCUCAAGACGGAGAUGGCGAGCCAAAACUCGAGUGUCGGAAGCGUUCCAGCUUCUCCAACACGGAGCUGCGGACAGUGGUGCUCCACUACAAGCACUAGAAUCUAAUAUUUGUUCCAGUAUAGCAGGUAGGGAGAUGAAGAUGAUUUUCAUGCAUUUUUGUUUGGAUUAAACAAGCUUGACGUUAACAAAAUCACUAUGCUUUUCUCCA